GACUCGUUUGCUCGCAAGAUGGCGGACGAGGACGGGGAAGGGCUUCACCCCGCGGCCCCGCACCGGAACGGCGGCGGCGGCGGGGGCUCCGGGCUCCACUGCGCCGGCAACGGCGGCGGCGGCGGCGGCCCGCGGGUCGUGCGCAUCGUCAAGUCCGAGUCCGGCUACGGCUUCAACGUGCGGGGCCAAGUGAGCGAGGGCGGGCAGCUGCGGAGCAUCAACGGGGAGCUGUACGCGCCGCUGCAGCAUGUGAGCGCCGUGCUGCCCGGGGGGGCGGCCGAUCGGGCCGGGGUGCGCAAGGGGGACCGCAUUCUGGAGGUGAACGGCGUGAAUGUUGAGGGGGCGACCCACAAGCAGGUGGUGGACCUGAUCCGCGCAGGCGAGAAGGAGUUGAUCUUGACAGUGUUGUCGGUGCCUCCUCACGAGGCAGAUAACCUAGAUCCUGGAGACGACUCCCUGGGACAGUCAUUCUAUGACUACACAGAAAAGCAAGCAGUGCCCAUAUCGGUCCCCACAUACAAACAUGUGGAGCAGAAUGGUGAGAAGUUCGUGGUGUACAACGUUUACAUGGCAGGCAGGCAGCUGUGUUCUAAGCGGUACCGGGAGUUUGCUAUCCUGCACCAGAACCUGAAGAGAGAGUUCGCUAACUUCACAUUUCCCCGGCUGCCAGGGAAGUGGCCAUUCUCUUUAUCAGAACAGCAGUUAGAUGCCCGGCGUCGGGGGUUGGAAGAAUAUCUAGAAAAAGUGUGUUCAAUCCGAGUUAUUGGUGAGAGCGACAUCAUGCAAGAAUUCCUGUCGGAAUCAGAUGAGAACUACAAUGGAGUGUCCGACGUUGAGCUGAGAGUAGCAUUACCGGAUGGAACAACAGUUACAGUUAGGGUUAAGAAGAACAGUACUACAGACCAAGUCUAUCAGGCCAUUGCAGCAAAGGUUGGCAUGGACAGUACAACAGUGAAUUACUUCGCCUUAUUUGAAGUGAUCAAUCAUUCCUUUGUACGUAAGCUAGCACCUAACGAAUUCCCUCAUAAACUCUACGUCCAGAAUUACACAUCAGCUGUGCCAGGCACCUGCCUGACCAUUCGAAAAUGGCUUUUUACCACAGAAGAAGAAAUCCUCUUAAAUGACAAUGACCUUGCAGUUACCUAUUUCUUUCAUCAGGCUGUUGAUGAUGUGAAAAAAGGUUACAUCAAAGCUGAGGAAAAAUCCUACCAACUCCAGAAACUCUAUGAGCAAAGGAAAAUGGUCAUGUACCUCAACAUGCUGAGGACUUGUGAGGGCUACAACGAGAUCACCUUCCCUCACUGCGCCUGCGACUCCAGGCGGAAGGGCCACGUCGUCACCGCCAUCAGCAUCAUGCACUUUAAGCUCCAUGCUUGCACGGAGGAGGGCCAGCUGGAGAACCAGGUCAUCGCGUUUGCGUGGGACGAGAUGCAGCGGUGGGACACUGACGAGGAGGGAAUGGCCUUCUGCUUUGAAUACGCACGUGGAGAGAAGAAGCCUCGAUGGGUGAAAAUCUUCACACCAUAUUUCAAUUACAUGCACGAGUGCUUUGAGAGGGUGUUCUGCGAGCUCAAGUGGAGAAAAGAGAACAUUUUCCAGAUGGCGCGGUCACAGCAGAGGGACGUGGCCACCUAGCCUCUCUUCCCUCCCUCCUCUUCACCGUCAUCCUCACCCUGCGUUGCCCAUGUCAGACAGAGUAACCAUUAACAUAAAAGAAGAGAAAAAGGAAAAAAAAACAAGGCAUUUUAUUCAAAAAGUCCUAAACUAAAUAUUAUUAAUAAUCCCUCCGAAUAUCAUGUCGCUGGAAUCGGGCUGGUAGAAAACAAGAUUGGUCAGCACCUGGGGCCAACUGAGUCACAGCAGGAGAGGAAAGCCCACCAGCUCGCCAGAGGUAUCUGCCCUCCGGGCCUCGUACCGGCAGACUCUCCUUGUACUAUAUUUUUAAAACUGGAACUAUGAACUCCAUCCAUUUGCACUGUUGAGACAUAUAUAUGUAUGUAUGUAAAAAUUAUAUAUACACAAAUUAGCUGCACGUAUAUACAUAUAUAUAUAUUUCUUUUUAAAUUUCAUAUUGAUGGCAGUACCUUUUUUAGCUUGUGUUUUUACACACCUUUCACUAGAAUUCAUGACUUCUCUCUUGCUCUCUUUAUUUUGAAACAAACUUUAAAAAGGAAAAAAAAAUAUUUUACAGGGAAAAUACCUCUCCUCAUGAAGGACUCGAAAAGUUUACAACCUGCUCGGUUUUUUUUUUCCCUUCCUUUUUGUACUGAGCAAAGAUUCUGGCUCACGGUCGCCACGGAGUCUGAGGAGUGAGAAGCUCGUUUCUUUGUCUCCCGAGAGACUGCUGGGCAGGAGGAAGCAUUUCUCGUGGCAGCCAGAGUCUGAGGACUAGGUGUGGCCCUUGGUCCCGAGACCAUUUCCUUGCCCCAUCUCUCCUUCCAGCCAUGGCUCUCCGCCUCACCUUCAGCUCCUGAUGAUCCCUGGAGUGUGACCGAGGAAGGGUGGGCUGGGAGGGUGCUGCCUAUGGCAAUUCUGAGACACGUCACAGUCGUCAUUUCCCGCCUCCCUGUCUGUGGAAGCAGGGUGGUGCACUUGGGGCCAGAGUGCACGUGGGGGCCUUUCCGGCUCGGGGUUGGCCGUGGCGGGGAGAGAGCUGGUCUCUGUGUAUAAACCUUGCCCUGCUCCGUCCUGACCUAUUGCGUGUUCUGCGGCUUCCUUGACCAGUGUCGGAGAGAGAAUGACAAUGUCCCUAGGCCUCAGGAAAUCUUGGCAUGGGCCAGGGUCUGUACCAGCCACAGCGGCUACAAAGCUUGGCCCAUCCGAGCCCACCAAGGAUCCAGGAGAGAAAGCACAGUGGGGAUGUGGUGGACUGGGGCCGGGUCUCACUUUGACUUACACGAAUCUGAGCGACUCUUCUGUUCUUCAAAGAAUUUCUCAUCUGACCUUGCAGUUAGACCUGGCGGGACCCAAGAGCUACUCCCUGGGCUCUGUCCACGUGGCCCGCUGUCUCAUGCCAGGUUCUGAUGCAGCCAAAACCCAGCUCUGAGCCUUCGCGUCCUUGUUUCUUCUCCAGAAGCUCUCCAGAGAGGGCAUUUCUGCUUUGUGGCCGGGGCAGACCAUGUCUGCGCCACAAGCAGCGGGGGGUUCAGAGUUUCCUCUUUCGAAUCUUGUUCUUGUGGAUCAUUACAGGGGCAUAUAUCCUCUCUCUCUCUCUCUCUCUCUCUCUCCCCCCCCUCCUCUCUCCUGUUCUUCUCACCUUCUCUCUUCCUCUCCAUCCCCUCUCUCUCUGUCUCUCUCGCGCGCGCAGUCUCUCACAUACUUUCUUCUCUUCCCCCCCUCAUCCCUCCCUCCUCUCUCCUCUCUCCUCUCUCCUCCCUCCUCUGUGUCUGUCUCUCUCCUGCUUACCGGUGCCUCUGGAAGGCCAUCCUUUUUCCCUACCCCUCUUGGAAACCAGGAGAAAUCCACGAGCCAGACGCAGGUUGCGGAGGACAUGAGGCUUCGGGAAUGGUUCCUGAUGUGAAGCUUUGACACAGGUCAGCUUUUGGCUUAAAUGAACUUGAUCAUGAGUCAAAGGCCCCUAGAAAGGAGACAUGUUAGUUUGCCACUCCACUAUGCAAGAGGCCUUUGGCGGCAGCUUUUAAAAGUGGGCAAGUAGCUACCGUCUGCCCCACCCCCUCCUAGAGAGGAUGAACAAGUCCUGGAGUGGCUGCAGCUGGCCAGAUGCUGGCCCGUGAGGGGCCCUUUGGGAGAGGCCUGGCAGCAGGUGUUCCAGUUCCUCUCUGGAAUAGGCUUUGCUGGGCCUGCAGAACCAGCCUCUGCUCUGGGCGGGGCCCCUGAGAGGCAGGAGUGAGCCGGGGGCCAGUAAGGCCGCCUCCUCCUGCCAUGGCCCUGGGGCGCCAUGGGCCCCGUGGGGCUCUGUGGGUUCAAACUUUUCUUUGCAUGAAGCCGUGUUAGUGUUUGGCUCCUUCCCGCUUGCUGCAUCUCGUCCCUCCAGUCCCGGUUCUGCCCAGUCAUCUCUGGGAAAUGGGCGCCCUCCUCUGCUCCCCCACACAGCUAGCCAGUUCCAGCCCACCCCCAGCUGCGCUGCUCUGUCCUCCUCGGUCAACGCUCAGAGUUCUUGUGACCCAGGAGGAAGUGCUGGCUCUGAGUGAUGGCCCCGCGGCCUCUGCUCUUUCACUUUGCAUUCUGCGCUUGCUCUUUCCUGCCCUCCCCGGGCCCUGCACUGACCAGCGCAUGGGCAUGUCUACGCAGAACUGAGCUCUGGCAGAAUCUGGCAAAUGUCAGCAAUGUGCCCGCUGGCCUUUCGGUGACCCAAGCCAGCAGCCAUGCAGGACGCAGGCAGGCAGUGACCUGCUCUCUCAUUUGCAGCGUCUGCACUUAGGAGCCUGGCUCCUGUGUGCCCUUCUUUUAAAGGGGUCUCUACCCUACCUGGCUGGAAGUCUCCAGCCCUGGGAGACACUGCCCUCUUUUUCCGAACCAACACAGUGCCAGGUUCCUCCUCCAGCCUGUGUGUCCUCUGAGCUUCCUUUGAGAAGCUGGACAGGACUGGAGGACACUCGGGGCAGAGGUGUGGCUGUGCUGCACCGGGCCCCCCUCAGCCGACUCCGCCUCCCGCCUUCCUCCUUCCUCUUCGACCCCUGGCACAGCCCCCCAGGCUGCCCGCCGUGACGCUAAGGGCCCUGGGUAGAGCAGAAUGCAGGAGGGGAGUGAUCUGUGGGGAAAAGGGCGCUGGCCAGCUGCAGAUACCUGGACAUUCCUUCCAUCCCGUGACCCUGUUUAAAGUGGUGAGCUGGGCAUCAGCUUUCCCCAGGCCAUGCAUACUUUUAAUUUAUUUGAGAGAAACUCGACUUGUAUUUUCACUGCAGUAUCUUGUAUUUUUUAUUUGUGAUUUAAGAAAUGUGAAGAGAAAAUACACAGACACAUGAUGGCUAACAGUGUUUCUUUUAUUCUUGUUCUAGAGCUAACCACUCUAAAUUGUUUGGUAAUGUCACUUAGUGUAAUUAAUUGUAACAUAUUCUUUUAAAUAAAUUGAUUUAUUGAUGAAACUA